AUGGUGGAGAAGAAAACUUCGGUUCGCUCCCAGGACCCUGGUCAGCGGCGGGUGCUGGACCCGGCAGCCCGGCAGCGCUGCAUCAACAGGCAGCUCGAGGCCUUGGAGAAUGACAGCUUCCAGGACGACCCCCGCGUGGGCCUCCCCCAGCUGGGCAAGCGGCUGCCUCAGUUUGAUGACGACGCAGACACUGGAAAGAAAAAGAAGAAAACACGAGAAUCCGCUGACAAGCAGAUUCUACCGAGCCUCCCGAACCCCCGCAACUCGCGCCGCUCAGGAGGGCCAACACCCCCCGCCCCCAUCCCUGGGCAGGAACAGAGCCUCCUUUCCACCCACCGUUGCCUGGGCGGCAGCAGCAGCAACAGCGGGCUCUGGACUCGCUGCCACCAGUUUCUCUCAGCCGCCAUCAGCAGCACCGACACCACAGAGGCCGCCGCCAUGUCCCCGGAGCCUGGACGCUUGUUGAUGUGCAACCGCAUCUCGGAUGUGACCUAA